ACUAGAGAAGCUCUAUUGAGAGGUCCAGAAAGAAGGAGAGUCGUUUGAGCAGUUUCUUACUAGUUGUAGACAUUUGAUUCGAACAUGUAAUUAUAAUGAAAUUGAUCCAGAACAAACAGCCGAAGAUAAAGCUCUGAGAGACAAAAUAUUAAUGGGCAUCAGAGAUCCAGUUACUAGAGAAGCUCUAUUGAGAGUGGACAAACUUACCCUACAAAAAGCCAUCGAAUUUUGUAGAACUAGUGAACAAAGUAAGAACCAAAAUUUGAAAUUUCAUACCGAAAGAAAAGAUGUAGACAUAGGAGAAGUUCGUAAAGAUAGGUACCAGGGCCAUAGAAAUUAUAAUAACUCUAGAAGUAAAGCGAAUACCAAUGAAAAAUUCAAGUGUAAAAGAUGUCAAUCAACUCAUGGGGCCAGAGAAUGUCCAGCGUAUGGAAAGAAAUGUAAGAAAUGUGGGCUUUUAAACCAUUUUGCAAAGUCGUGUAGAGUGAAGAAUAUUGAUGUCAUAGAUGAAGAUAGCAGUGAUGGAUCAGCUGAUAGUUUUGUAGGAAAUGUCAAUAAAGUAUACCAAAAUGUAAGUAGUCAAAAUAUUUGGGAUGAAAUUAUAAAAAUUGAAAACAAGAGAAUUAAAGUAAAACUUGACACAGGUGCAGAUGUAAGUAUAAUUCCAUUAAAAAUUUUUAAGAAAAUUGAUAAACAAUUUAAAAUUAGGGAUAAUCAUUAUGUACUGAAAGGGUUUGAGGGUACUCAGGCUAAAACAAUGGGUGUCGUAAAUUUAUUUUGUAAACAUAAAAAUAAGUAUGUUUACGAGGAUUUUACAAUUAUUAAUGGGGCAACUCGAGUUCUUUUAAGUGGUAAAUUAUGUAUUGAUUUGGGGUUAGUUAAACGAAUCAACAAUAUUGAGAGUUGUGGUACUUUAGAAUUAGCAGAAAGGGAUAAAUUUAUAAACCUUAACCCUGAAGUUUUUAGAGGUCAUGGUAAAUUUUGUGGUAAACAUAGGAUCACUACAGUAGACAAUUUUGAGCCAGUAAGUUACCCACCUGUAAAUGUACCUGUCGCAAUUAGAGAUAAUUUAAAAAAUGAAUUAGAUAGGUUGACAAAAAGAGGGGCAAUUGUCAAAGUUAACGAAAUUGACCCCAGAGCAAGCAUAAACCGCAUUGUUAUUGUGGAAAAGCAAAAUGGUAAGUUACGUUUAUGCUUAGACCCAUUAGAUCUAAACAAACAAAUAGUCCGCAAACCAAGAGUAGUACAUAAAUUGGAAGAUGUUUGUGCACAAAUGAUAGGUAAAAAGAUAUUUUCUGUAUUUGAUCUCUCUGAAGGGUAUCAUCAUUUAGAACUUGACGAGACAUCAUCAUGGAAAUGCUGUUUUGCAACUUCUUAUGGAAUUUUCAGAUAUAAAGUAUUGCCAUAUGGAUUAUCAAAUUCCCAAGAUCUGUUUCAAGAAGUAGUAGAAGAUAAAUUUAAAGGUAUAGAGAAUUUAUUGAUUUGUCAUGAUGAUAUGAUUGUUAUGGGAACAACAAAAGAAGAACAUGAUACAACUGUUAAAAAAGUGUUAGAAAGGGCUAAAGAAGUAGGAGCAAAGUUUAAUGGGGACAAAUUUCAAUAUUGUCAAGAAGAGGUCAGAUUUAUGGGUCAAGUUUUUUCACAUAAAGGGAUGCAAAUAGAUCCUGACAGAGUGGAAUCACUUUGUAAACUUGAAAAACCAAAUAGUAAAGUAGAAUUACAAAGAAUUUUGGGCGCAUUUAAUUACGUUAGACGGUACAUUCCGAACAUGACUGAACAUAUUCAACCUCUUUGUCAAUUACUUAAAAAUAAUGUAGAAUGGGUGUGGCUCCCGUCACAUCAAAAAUGUUUUGAUAAUUUAAAGAACAUAAUUUGUAAAUCACCAGCGUUAGUCCCUUAUGAUCCUAAUCAAAAAAUUAUUUUACAAUGUGAUGCAUCUAAAAAUGGUUUAGGUGUUUGUAUUAGUGAUGUAACGAAUAUUCGUAUUCGCAUUCGCAUUCGCGAAUAUUCGCAUGUUUUUGCAUAUUCGCAUUCGCAUCCGCAUUCGCGAAAUUUGUGCGAAUGUUUUGCGAAUAUGAAAACCAGAAAAAAAAAUAAUUUUAAGAUAAUAUUAGGUUAAUAAAAU